AUGAUGGUGAUCAAUUAUGAGGGUGUGGAAGGUAAAGAGGAGAUCUUGAAGAAGAUAUGGGAGAGUAGAGAAGAGGUUAAAAUGGUGUUCAUGUCCUUAUCUCCUAAGAGUGAAAAAGGUUUACAAACGAUUCUAGAGCCCACUGAUCAAGAGACUCCCAUUGGGAUUGGACAAAAGUUCAAGGCUUCUGCAUCUACUAGUUUGUUUGGGGAAGAUUCAAGUGAUUCAAGUGAGAAUGUGGAAAGUCCGGAAUUAGUGGUUAAUGACCUAGCCACCUUUGAGAGGUUGUUCAAUCUUGACAAAGAGGCACGGAAAUUGAAUCCUAAUCUUGGUCCAAGAAUAUACAAGAUAGUCAUGGCGGAUGGUGAACCAAGGGAUGAGUUGAGAGAGCAAAGGCCUAUCCGAGAUUGUGCCUUGCCUACAAUUUCUACACACUCAAGAUGCAUAGUGCUUCCUCCAUGUGCAUCAUCUUUUGAGAUCAAACCUAGUUUUCUUCAAACCUUGCCAACGUUCUAUGGGUUACCGAACAAUGAUCCUUAUCACCACUUAAGUGAGUUUGAGGAUGCAUGCGCAAAUAUCAAACUCAAUGGCAUGACGGAAGAAGCUCUCAAGCUCCGGUUGUUUCCUUGCUCCUUGAAGGAAAAGGCGAAGAUGUGGUUGAACAAGCUCCCAUCCAAUAGUAUUGGUUCAUGGGAAGAUAUGCAAAAGAAGUUUAUUAUGAAGUACUUCCCUCCUCAAAAGGCUAAUGCAAGAAGAACCGAGUUGAUGACCUUUAAGGAGGAGCAAGAUGAGCUCUUUCAUGAGACGUGGGAGAGAUUCAAGGAUCUUGAGCUUGGUUGCCCUAAUCAUGGCCAAUCUCAAGAUAUGCUUAUGAGCCUAUUUUAUCAAGGCUUGACAUCGGAGACUCGAAGGAAGGUGGAUAAUGCAAGCAAUGGUGAUUUCAUGGACUUAGUGGCGGAUGAAGCCCAUCGAGUAUUAGAGAAGCUUGCGGAGCGGUCUCAAUUGUGGGAUAAUAACCCGCAAGUUCGCAAGCCUUCUUCUUCACAUUUAUCUCUAAGGGAAGCAACUCAACCGAAAACCGGUGGCAUAUAUGAAGUCAAGGCAUCAAGCUUGGAUGUGCAUCAAGAGUUUAAGAGGUUAGAAGAAAGUCUUAAUAAGAAGUUUGAUAUGCUUUUGAAGCAAGGAAAGCAAGGAGGCCGUGAGAAGAUUAAUGAGGUUCAAGGGCCACAAGUGUGUUUAAUUUGUGAAGGAGUGAAUCAUGACACUCUAUCUUGCCCUCAUGGAGAUUGUUUUCCCGAGAUCAUUGAAGAAUGUAAGCAAAUGGCAUAUUCAAGACCGAAGAAUGACCCUUAUUCCAACACUUACAAUCCCGGAUGGAGAAACCACCCUAAUUUCUCAUGGGGUGGGAACCAAGGCAUGAAUUGCAACAAUCAAGGGAGUGGCAACUAUGGAGGUGCUAGUGGGAGCCAAAGCUUUCAAGGAAACAAAGGUGCGACUAAUGGAAGUUAUGGUGGCAAUACUUAUCCUAAGCCACCUUAUCAAGCAAGACCUCCUUUUCAAGCUCCUAAUACUCAAGUGCCACAUCCUCCUCAAGUGGAUGCUCCUAAAUCAAGCCUUGAAGAGAUGCUUGCCAAGGUUUUGGCAAAUCAAAAUGAGCUUAUUCAAAGUGUUCGAAAUGAUGUGGCCUCCACUACUCAAGGAUUGCAUAAGCUUGAAGCGCAAAUGGGACAAUUGGCUAAUGAGAUGAGAGAAAGGAAGCAAGGAGAAUUGCCUUCCAUGACCGAGAAGAAUCCACGAAUCAACCAAGCCAAGGCCAUAAGAACUUUGAGAAGGGGGAAGGUAUAUGACAAUAAGGUUGCUCCUAAUGAUGACGAUAAUGAGGUGGAUGCACCAACGGAACCUUUGUUGAAUCCUAAAGUGUCAAGAGUGCCUCCCGGGUUUCAAAAGAAGAACAAGGGCAUGGAGGAUACUUUGGGACAUGAUGGAGUGAUCUUGGGGUAUAGUGAGGAGUAUUUGAAGAGCCAAAGCAAGCCCAACACCAAGAGUGACAAUAUGGGAGCAAGUGGAUCUAAGUCUAGUGUGGAAGAAAUGCAAGAAGAAGCGCCACUUCCCUUUCCACAAGCGGUAUACCAAGAGAAGGCUUUAAGUAAGAAAGAGAAGAAGUCCAUGGAGUGUUUUGAUGUGUUCAAGAAGGUAGAGGUCAAUAUUCCUCUUCUUGAUGCAAUCAAGACCAUUCCUACUUAUGCUAAAUUUCUCAAGGACUUGUGCACUCACAAGCGGUAUAAGAGUACAUUGAAGAAUGAUGACAAGGAUGAAGCAAAACCAAGAAGGGAAGCUCAAAGAAGAUUGAACCCCAACAUGUUAGAGGUGGUGAAGAAUGAGAUUAUUAAGCUCCUUGAUAAUGGAAUCAUCUAUUCUAUCUCCGAUUCCAAAUGGGUGUCUCCAAUACAAGUGGUGCCUAAGAAAGGAGGAAUGACGGUGGUGAAGAAUGACAAGGGUGAGAUGGUUCCACAAAGAAUUGCAAACACAUGGAGGGUUUGUGUUGACUACCGCAAGUUGAAUGCUGCAACAAGGAAGGAUCACUUUCCACUCCCUUUCAUUGAUCAAAUGUUGGAAAGGCUUGCGGGACAAGCAUUCUAUUGUUUCCUUGAUGGCUAUAGUGGAUAUAAUCAAGUCCCAAUUGCCCCCGAAGAUCAAGAGAAGACAACUUUCACAUGCCCAUAUGGAACUUUUGCUUACCGAAGAAUGCCUUUCGGAUUAUGUAAUGCACCCGCCACCUUCCAACGGUGUGUCAUGGCCAUUCUUGCCGAGUUGCUUGAGUUUGUAGAAGUCUUCAUGGAUGACUUUUCUGUGUAUGGGAACUCAUUUGAAAAAUGUCUUGAUCAUCUCUCCCUUGUCCUUAAGAGGUGUGAAGAGACGAAUCUAGUGCUUAAUUGGGAGAAAUGUCACCUCAUGGUGCAAGAAGGGAUUGUUCUUGGCCACAAAAUAUCAUCGAAGGGGAUUGAAGUAGAUAAAGCAAAGGUUGAAAUCAUUGAGAAGUUGCCCCCUCCCGUGAAUGUAAAAGGUGUAAGAAGCUUUCUUGGGCAUGCCGGUUUUUACCGAAGGUUUAUAAAAGAUUUCUCCAAGAUAGUGAAGCCUCUUUGUGAUCUAUUGGCCAAGGAGACUCAAUUUAUAUUUGAUGAAGCAUGUUUGAAGGCAUUUGAGAGGAUAAAGGAGUUGCUUACCAAUGCUCCUAUUAUUUGCUCACCGGAUUGGACUCUCCCAUUUGAAAUUAUGUGUGAUGCAAGUGAUUACGCCUUGGGAGCAGUGUUGGGACAACGCAAGGAGAAACUCUUACAUGCCAUCUACUAUGCAAGCAAGACCUUGAAUGAUGCCCAAGUAAACUAUACUACCACCGAGAAAGAGUUAUUGGCGGUGGUAUUUGCCUUAGAAAAGUUCCGAAGCUAUCUCUUGGGGUCUAAAGUCAUUAUCCACACGGAUCAUUCCGCACUCAAGUAUUUAUUGUCUAAGAGUGAUGCCAAGCCAAGACUUUUGAGGUGGAUUUUACUUCUUCAAGAGUUUGACAUUGAAAUUGUCGACAAGCCCGGCAAGGUGAACUUGGUAGCGGAUCAUCUCUCUCGACUUACUCAUCAAAGUGAAGAUAAUGGGGUGCCUUUGAAUGAAUCAUUUCCGGAUGAGAGGUUGUUUUCCAUUGUUGAGAAGAAGCUACCAUGGUUUGCACAUUUGGUUAACUUCUUGGCAAGUGGGGGGAAAUGCUUUCCUAAGACAUUUGAUUUCCAUUCAAGAAGGAGACUCAUUAAAGAAGCAAGACACUACUUUUGGGAUGAUCCAUACUUAUUCAAGCAAUGCAAGGAUCAAUUGGUGAGGAGAUGCAUUCCGGAGGAAGAAACAAAUGGACAAGUUGAAAUAUCUAACCGGGAGAUAAAGAGCAUCCUUGAAAAGGUGGUGUCUACAACUAGAAAAGAUUGGGCAAUGAAGCUUGAUGAUGCUCUAUGGGCUUACCGUACCGCAUUCAAAACACCUAUCGGAAUGUCUCCAUAUCGCCUUGUUUAUGGAAAGGCUUGUCAUUUACCGGUUGAGUUGGAGCAUAAGGCUUAUUGGGCAUUGAAGACCCUCAAUUUUGACAUAGAAAAGUGUGGUGCGGAGCGGAAGUUAGAGCUUUGUGAGCUAGAGGAGCUUCGGAUGGAUGCCUAUGAGAAUGCGAAGAUUUAUAAAGAGAAAACUAAGGCAUUCCACGACCAAAGGAUCAAAACCAAGCACUUAGAGGUUGGGAAACUUGUACUUCUUUUCAACUCCAAAUUAAAGUUGUUUCCCGGCAAGCUAAGAUCAAGGUGGAUUGGGCCAUUUGAGCUUGUUGAAGUAUUUAGUCAUGGGGCGGUCACAUUGAAGAACUUAAGAGAUGGAUCUACCUUUAAGGUUAAUGGUCAUCGAGUAAAGCCUUACCUAGAGGGUGCACCAAAAGAUACUUAUGCGGAGGUGAAGUACUUCGAGGACCCUCUCACCAUUUGAGCAAGCAUUAUGGACCUUGUUAAUGUCCUUAAACUUAAACCCGUCUUGGCGGACUCCAAGGGUUAGUAUAAUAAGAUGGAGCUAAGGGAUUGCAAGGACCAACGAGCUUUGUGGGUUUUCACCAUCCACAAUUGGCACUAUGGAGCUAUAUGAGAUCUUCAAAGAGUUUGCGUUUUCUUAUCCUUCACUCUCAUUUUUCUAAGCAUGAUUAGUUGUGUUUGUGUUUCCAUGUUAAUAAAUUAUGGCAAUGAGAGUUUGGAUAGUCAUUUCAUACUUGACCAAUGAAUGAAACACAAAAGAUUUAGCUUUUAUUGAAAGGAUUAUCCAAAGUUUAAG